GCUUCCGCAGUGCGCGCCUUUGUGUCGGAGCGCGCGGCCCGUCCUGCAGCUCGGGGACGCCGGGACCGUUUCCUUCCUGGAGUUUGGGGGCUUCGGUUCCCACUGUGCGGCCCGAGCCACCGUGCGGCGGGAGAGCGGACGGAGCCGCUGGCGUUGGGGACGCCGGACAUGGAGUUGGUAUCAUUUGAAGACAUAGCUGUGGACUUUACCUGGCAAGAGUGGCAGGAUCUGGAUGUUGAUCAGCAAAACCUCUACAGGGAUGUGAUGCUGGAGAACUACAAUAGCCUGGUGUUCUUGGGGAACUGUAGGACCAAACCAGAUUUGAUCCUCAAGUUGGAACAUGGAUUUCCACUGUGGGAUGUAGAAGAACAAUCAAUUAAGGAUCUUUCAGAAUUAAAAAGUCAACAAUGCCUGGAUGCUGAGAGGCCAUGCGACUUUAAUGAAUGUGAGAAUGCUUUCUACAAAAAGGCAAAACUCAGUACGCAUCAAAGACCCCGUACAAGAAAGAAGCCACAUACAUGUAAUGAAUGUGGGAAAUCUUUCUUUGCCAAGUCAGACCUUAAUGAACAUCAGAAAACCCACAUAGGUCACAGUUCAUACAUAUGUAAUAGAUGUGGAAAACCUUUCCCUUUCAUGUCAGAUCUUAGGAGACAUCAGAGAACUCAUAAAGGGGAAAAGACAUAUGAAUGUAAUGAAUGUGGGAAAGCUUUCAUCUCGACGUCAACACUCACUAGGCACCAAAGAACUCAUACAGGUGAGAAGCCAUAUGAAUGUAAUGAAUGUUCGAAAGCUUUCAUCUCCAAGUCACUUCUCACUAUGCACCAGAGAACUCAUACAGGUGAGAAGCCAUAUAAAUGUAAUGAAUGUUCAAAAGCUUUCAUUUGUAAACAACAGCUCACGAUGCACCAGAGAACUCAUACAGGUGAAAGGCCAUACGAAUGUAAUGAGUGUGGAAAAGCUUUCAUCUCUAAGCCACGUCUCACUGUGCACCACAGAACUCAUACAGGCGAGAGGCCAUAUGAAUGUAGUGAAUGUGGGAAAGCUUUCAUCUCUAAGCCACAUCUCACUAUGCACCAGAGAAUUCACACAGGUGAAAGGCCAUAUGCAUGUAAUGAGUGUGGGAAAGCUUUCAUCUCUACAACAAAACUCACUGUGCACCACAGAACUCAUACAGGAGAGAAGCCAUAUGAAUGUAAUCAAUGUGGGAAAGCGUUCAUCUCCAAGUCAAAGUUCACUACGCACCAGAGAACUCAUACAGGUGUGAGGCCAUAUGAAUGUAAUGAAUGUGGGAAACUUUUUGUUGCCACAUCAGAUCUUAGGGCACAUCAGAGAACUCAUUCAGGGGAGAGGCCGUAUGCAUGUACUGAAUGUGGGAAAGCUUUUAUUUCCACAUCAAAACUCAAUAGGCACUACAAAAUUCAUACAGGUGAGAAGCCAUAUGAAUGUAAUGAGUGUGGGAAAGGUUUCAUGUCAAAGGCACAGCUCAUUAUGCAUCAGAGAACUCAUACAGGUGAGAGGCCAUAUGAAUGUAGUGAAUGUUGGAAAGCCUUCAUCUCUAAGCCACAGCUCAUUAUGCACCAGAGAAAUCAUACUGGUGAGAGGCCAUAUGAAUGUAGUGAAUGUGGCAAAGCUUUCAUGGCUAAGCCACAGCUUACUAUACACCAGAGGAUUCAUACAGGUGAAAGGCCAUAUGAAUGUAAUGAAUGUGGGAAAGCUUUCAUUUCAAUGUCACGACUCACUGUGCACCAGAGUACUCAUACAGGGGAGAAGCCUUAUGAAUGUAAUGAGUGUGGUAAACCUUUUUUUGCCAAAUCAAGUCUUAGCAGGCAUCAGAGAAUUCAUACAGGGGAGAAGCCAUAUGAGUGUAACGAAUGUGAAAAAGCUUUCAUUUCCAAGUCAUAUCUCACUAUACACCAGAGGAUUCAUACAGGCGAGAGGCCAUAUAAAUGUAAUGAAUGUGAGAAAGCUUUUAUCUCAAAGGCACAGCUCACUAUGCACCAGAGAAUGCAUACAGGCCUCAGGCCAUAUGUUUGUAGUGAAUGUUGGAAAGCUUUCACCUCUAAGUCACAGCUCACUAUGCACCAGAGAACUCAUACAGGCGAGAGGCCAUAUGCAUGUAAUGAAUGUGGAAAAUCUUUCAUCUCCAUGUCAAAACUCACUGUCCACCAGAGAAGUCAUAUGGGCGAGAAGCUAUAUGAAAGUAUUAAGCAAGAAGAAGAUUUCCUUGCCAAUUAAGAUCUUAGUAGACAUCAAUAAUUUCAUAAAGAAGAAAAGUCAUAUGAAUGUAAUGAAUGUGGGAAACCUUUCCUUGACAAAUGAGGUCUUAAUAAACAUCAGAGAAUUCAUACAGGUGAUAAACUAUAUGAAUGUAAUGCAGGUGAGAUAUCUUUCUGCCAGAAGUCACAUCUCCUCAUGCAUCUGUGUUUAUAUAAGUUAGCAGUCAUAUUAGUGUAGUGAGUCUAUGGAAGACUUCUUCCUGUAGACAUACCUCACUAUUCAUCAAAAAACUCACAUAGGAAAGAAUUUGUAGGAAUCUAGUCAAUGUGGCAAAGCUUCCCUAAUUUACAUCCCAGUAUGAGAGUAAUCAUAAAGGUGAGAAGUACUACUAAUGUGUAAUGGCUACCAAUCACACUUCAGCCAACAUUAGAGAACUGAAAGAGGAGCAGUCCUGUAUUUAUAAGGAAUUCAUGGACAUUUUAUACCCAAAUUCAUAAAUCAUUGCACAAUUGAUAAUUGAUUAAAGUGACAAUUUUUAUCUGUUUUUAUGCUGCAACUUGCAAUUGACUAUAUGUUAUAAAUAAACUGAAGACAUCCUA